AUGGCAAUAUUUCUAAAACAGAGUUUUGAUAAAUCCAUUCCAGUCAGAAGCUUUUGGAUUUGGCCAUUCUUUGCUAUUUUUAGUAAUUCAGUUGGCAAUCCACAAUCAAUAACAACACAAGCAUCUCUUCCUCAAGAAAGCAGUGAUGAAAUUUUGAAUGAAAUCUAUGCUGCUAUCAAGGACUCUUUAGUUUCUAGAGGAGAAAUCUGCAUCACUUACGUUAACAAGCUCUGUGCUUCUGGUGAUCUUCUAACCACUUCUAGGCAAAUGCAUUCCUUAUGUAAUAAGCACAUAUUAUUUAGCCCUUGUAUGCAUGAGCGCCUUCUGGAGGCUACAGGUGAAAAAAAUGAUAUUGACAUGGUCUUUCAAAUUUUCAAGGUCUUUUUGGUGUCUUGUGACUCUAUAAGAUUAACUUCAUAUCUUAUCCUUGCUGGAAUGUUUGUGAAGCCCAACCAUCCUGUCAUAUUACUGAAAUUUAUCAGAGAAGUCUCAGAAAUGGUGUUCCCUCGAAAUGAAAUAGUUCUGAACAGACUUAUCUUUGCCAUUGAUAAAUGCGGACAUGUUGACAAAGCACUUUUCGUAUUCGAUCAUAUGAAAAGUAUGGAAUGUAAACCACACUUGGUUACAUAUAAUACCAUUUUUGGGAUUCUUGGUCAGCCCGGAAAAGCAGAUGAAAUUCUACACGAAUUUGCUGCUAUGGAAAAGGCUAAUCUUAUUCCAGAUAUUGUAACAUACAACACCUUAUUAACUAGCUCGUGGAAGGUAGGUAGAUUUGAUUUGUGCUUAGUAUAUUUCAAAGAAAUGAGUGAGAGAGGAGUUCAACCGGAUUUGCUGACUUACAAAGCUUUGAUUGAGAGCUUAGGCAGGUCAGGAAAAAUUGAGGAAGCGUUGAGAAUAUUUGAAGAGAUGAAACGUAAGAGGAUCCAUCUGUCAACUCACAUCUACCAAGCUCUGAUUUUCAGUUUAAAAAGGACAGGGAAGAUGGAGUUGGCUUUGAAAUUUUCCAAAGAGAUGGAAGAUUAA